AUGACUAGAAGAAGUAAACAAAAGGAUGAUAGCUCAUCCACGAGCUUAACAAAUGAUGAUACUGCUAGUGAUUCAUCUUUGUCCACUUUACCUAGCUCUGCUGGUAACGGUACACCAGAAGUUGAAGAUAUCAGAGGUAGUUGGAAGAAUAAAAAAAUGACACAACUUGAAAGAUUACUGGAAGUUGGUAAAUGGUAUUCCUCUUUUGAUGAACAAGAUGAUGAACGUGGUAUAAGAGUUGGUAGACUUGCAAAUGGUAGACGUGGAACAAGACCAAAAAAGGAAGAUCCAUAUAUUGUUCAACAGAGAGAAGAAGAAGCUCGUAAAGAGGAAAUUAGAGCUAAGAAAAGAGCUGAAAGAGCUGAAGCUGAAAGAAUUAGAAAAGAACAAGAAAAGGAACAAGAAAGAUUGGAAAAAAUUAAAAGACAAGAAGAAUUGGCUAAAAAAAGAGAACAAAGAAAAGAAGAAGAAAGAAUAAAAGCUGAAAAAAGAAAAGCUUUUGAAGAUAAACGUUUAAAAGAAUUGACUAAAUUGAAAAAACGUAAAGUUACACCAUCAUCAACUUCAACUCCUGAUCCUGAUUCAACUUCCUCGAUUAAGAAGAAAGAAAAACCAGUAUGGAUCGAUGGUUAUAGACCCUUUUUACCAGAAGUACGUAAAAAAGACGUUGAAAUCCCAAUACGGGAUGGUUUCUUCAUACAAGAUGUUCAUGAUGAUAAAACUAAAGAAACUGAAUCAUUACCAUUUGAUCAUGCAUCUGUUGUUAUCCAAGAAUAUUUGAAGAAAUAUAAAGAAAUUAAAAAUGUUAAACCUCAAAAUAUUAAUCUACAAUCUGUUGUUUUCCCUAAAUUACAAGAAGAAUAUUUUUUGUUAGAAUCUAAGGAUUUUGAACUAGAUCCAUUAGAAGAAAUUGGAAGAUUAAUGGAAUUAUUUUCAAUUACUUAUUUCCCAGAUGAUCAUAAAUUAAAAAUUUAUAAUCCUGAAAAACCUUAUGAAUCAAUUGUUGGGAAAUUAUCAAAAGGUAUGGAAGAAAGUGAUGAGAAAAAGAUUUUGGAUGCUAUAAAUGAAUAUAAUGAACUAGUUAAUAAAAUCCAUGAAGAAGAUGGAUUCAACAAACAUUUAAAAGCUAAGAAGACUAUUUCAAGGGCAUUUUUACAUGAAUUAUUAAAUCAAAUGUAUUCAAGAUCUGUUUCACCAUCUGUUCAAAAGUUGAAAAAAUAUGAAGCUUUCUCAAAUUAUGUUUAUGGUGAAUUAUUACCAAAUUUUCUUUCAAAAGUUUUCGAUCAAGUUGGAUUAUCUUCAAAAUCUACAUUUAUUGAUCUUGGUUCAGGUGUUGGUAAUGUUACUAUUCAAGCUGCUUUAGAAUAUGGUUGUGAAAGUUAUGGUUGUGAAAUCAUGGAUAAUGCAAGUGAAUUAGCUGAUUUACAACAUGAAGUUUUCAAGAAAAGGUGUAAAUUUUUUGGUAUUAAGCCUGGUAAGACUGGUUUUUUCAAUAAGCAAAGUUUUGUUGCAAAUGAAGCAGUUGAAGAAGUCGUUAAUAGAUGUGAUGUUAUCUUGGUUAACAAUUUCUUAUUUUCACCAGAUUUAAACAAAGAAGUUAUGAAAUUAUUUAGAAAUUUAAAACCUGGUACUAAAAUCAUUAGUUUGAAAAGUCUUGUUCCAGCAGGUUAUGUGAUUGAUGGUAAUGAUUUAGAAAACAAGAUGAAUUAUCUGAAAGUUGAAUGUUUCCCCUUGGAAAACGGAUCUGUUAGUUGGACAGAUAGAGGUGGUGUUUAUUAUGUUUCCGAAGUUCUUGAACUCUUGAAUGAAGAUUAUUACAAGAAGGGAAUCCGCAGAAACAGAUCUCCUCCAUCCAACUUGAGAUGA